UGUCACAGUGUCAUACGGUUACAGAUAAAUAUAUCAUAUAAAUAGAAUUUCAGCUUCGAUAUAUUUAUCAGUGGCAGGUUUAGGAGUUUUGGUGAGAUUUUCGAUGUAGGACGAAAAAGAAGUGUUACAGUAUUGAGGAAGAAUUUCAUCCCGUCGAACGUUUCCAAAAUGAACACUAUUUCUUCUUCAGAUGUUUUGAUUAAUGGCUGAUAAGUAAAGCACACAGAUGUAAACACAGAUUAAUCUUUGUAUGUCAUUAAGAUGAAAUAACUGUUUCCAGAAGAUUCGGAAAACCUUACGAACGUUGACGUUGGACUCGAUCAGAUACGCCUGUGACUCGAUCGAGGUUACCAGCCUAACUAUGGUGGAGGAGGAUAGGAAGUCCUGUUGGGUGUGUUUUGCUACAGAGGAGGAUGACCGAGAUGCAACCUGGGUACAGCCUUGUCGAUGCAGGGGAACAACAAAGUGGGUGCAUCAGAACUGUCUACAGCGAUGGAUAGAUGAAAAACAGAAAGGCAACAGCACUGCAAAGGUGGCCUGUCCACAGUGCAACACAGAAUAUGUCAUUAUAUUUCCAAAAUUAGGUCCGAUGGUUUAUAUCAUGGAUGUUGCUGACAAAAUUAUCUACAAAAUGUGUCCCUUUGUUGCUGGUGGUAUAUUUAUUGGAUCAGUAUACUGGACAGCAGUGACCUAUGGUGCUGUGACUGUGAUGCAGGUUUUAGGCCAUAAAGAGGGUUUGAAUGUGAUGGAACGAGCUGACCCCCUGUUUCUCCUGAUUGGCCUGCCUACCAUUCCUGUGAUGCUGAUCCUUGGGAAGAUGGUUCAUUGGGAGGAUUAUAUACUGAGGCUGUGGAGAAAGUACUCUGCCAAGCUGCCAUUCUUCAAUUACUUAUUCUCUGAUGAAUGCUCAAAGAACACUCGGAUCCCUGCUGAGACUGCCCCACUGUCAGACCCACUGUGUGCCACACGUGUUCUCUGCGGGGCCCUCAUCCUGCCAACCAUUGCCACGAUUGUAGGGAAACUCAUGUUUGGGUCGGUCCAAUCAAACUUCCAAAGAACAUUGUUGGGAGGGAUCGCAUUCAUUACCAUCAAAGGUGCUCUUAAGAUAUAUUACAAACAACAGCAGUACCAACGACAGGCCAACCGUAUCAUCAUGGACUUUCCAAAUGAAACACAGAUGUAAGGUCAAGGUCGUCAAAGUUGGAUAUUGACACAGAUUAACCACAAUGGACUCAUGAUCAUUGGACUCAUGUUAACAAUCAUGGAUGCGCGCUAGCUAUUGCUGACUCAGAUGAUUUGGCAAUACUCAAACCAAAAUGUUAGUCAUAGUUAGUGAGAAUUUCUAUGAGAAUACUUAUGAAACAGAAGAAUUAGUGACAGUGAGUGAUUGCCAUGUUACCCUGGACAGGGUAAGAUGCUUUUUCCUGUGUGAGAUUUCCUUGACUCACUCUAGGAUGAACAGAAAAAUAAUCAUUUACCCUCUUUUUGGUGAGAUUGGGGAUCUAAAUGGAAAUGAAACGAUGUUUAAGUUACAAACCCUCGAGGGGAAGCUUUAUGUUGGCUGACUUAAUCAUCUUUCCCCUUGGAAUGAGAUUCCCUAUCUUACACCUCCUCCUCCAGGGAGUCUGAAAGAUUCUGUUAGUCUGUACCUGCAGUAUGGGGACAUGUUGUUUAAGACGGCUGUAUAUUAUGUAUCUGGUAAUAGCCCAAUGGCUUACAGUUGACCUUUGAUUCAAGGUAUGGAUAGGACUUAUGAAAUAGCUUGUAAUUCUACCAAAUAGCAAUAGAUAUCACAUGGUUCAUUACCAGGGCUUAUUAUCAGAUAACUACAGUAAUACUGUGUAGGAAUAACCAAUGAUAUUUAUGUGUAAAUUGUUUAUAAAAAUUAAACAAUUAGUGAUGUGUUGAUUACGUUAAAACAGAGAUAAUUGUUUUGAAUGUUCAGUUUUUAAUGGCUUUCAAUAGAUGUUCAGUAUUCAUGAUGAAAUAAAUGCCUUGCACACAUUUAUUGAUGUAAGUAUUUUCCAGUUCUGUUGUGACCAUUUAAUAUUCUAAAAUUCAAUACCAUCUUCAGUCAUUUUCAAAUUACACAAUAACAGACAGAUAUCAUCAAAAGUCAGCCAUCAUAAAUAAAGAUUUUUUUUUUCAAUGAUUGGAUCAUUUGUGUAAUGUAUUCAGUUGUAUGUAUCAUGUUCAGAUUUUGACAUCAUAAUAAUGGUAGCAUCAAUUUCAGUGGCAUUCAUAGUGCUAUGAUUUGCUAUUGUCUCAAGGAUUCCUCAGCUUCAAUGACUUAUGAAGUGUAUUAUGAAAGGAAAGAAAACAAAGGGCAUUUCUCUUUAAUUUUUAUUUACCUGAAGAAAACACUGUCCUACUAUGUUUGCUGUUUGAUUGGGUUUAAGAUGUAAAGGUAAAAGUUGUGGUUGAAGUCACUUUUACUCAAGAUGUGAUUUAGAUAAUGGAAUUAGAGUGCAAUUUCUAUUGAUAAUGGUGUCUUCGUUAUUCAGUUCUCUGACCAAAGUUUCAAUGCAGAUCAUUUCAUUUACUGCUUAUGAGAGAAAUUCAGGAUUUUCAUAUAAAAACAGGUAUUGUGUUUUGUCAGUUUUGUAAUAAAUCAAAGUUAAAAGGUAAAAAGUCACUCUUGACCAUUUUUAGAAUUUGAAAAAUAAUUUUGUAUAAGAUUUCUUGUGAUCCCCUUAACUGAUUUCAUUUAAAUGUACACUGUAGUAUCUGGGUUAAAGGAUUAAAGUCACACCAUUUUGUCAAUUACCUUACUGGACCAGUAUAUCAGUUACAAGUUUGAGUACAAGGUCCACCUCCUUCUCAGCAGAUUGACAUGGUCUUUGCCAUGAGUAAGUAAGACAAACCAACUGCUGAUAUAGAGGACUAACCCUGUAAAAUGCUGGGUAGAUACAGAGAUAACAUGUUAUGUUUGUAGAGAGUACAUCAAGAAGUAUGUUGAUUGAGCUUAUAAUCUAAGCCAAUUCUCAUCCCUCAUCUAUCAUCUAUAUUCUUUUAACAUUUUCAACUAAGUCGUGACCUGCCAUAUAUUUUCUCCUGUGGUGAUGCUAUCGGUUAUAUAGACCUGUUUGUAAUUUUAAGUGACCCCAAUCUCAGAUUGACUCUGAUGUAAAAAAUAUUUCUACUUUGUAAUUUUUUCAUCGCUGAUUGUAUCUAAAUUUUACUACAGAUCUAUCAUAAAUGUUGACUAUUUUUUGUUCUCAGUUCUACUCAUUUGCUUUUAUCAAAAUCUAGAAUUAUUUGUUCACUCAUGACCCUAAGUCAUGUUACUGACUAGACGGAUAGGAAACCCAGGAUGUCUGCCAAUUUGGCUUCUCAUUGGCUGAGAUAUUUUCCAAUUCUAAUGUUCCUUCCUGCCAACUACAACCAUGCUUGGUAGAAGUGGAUCAUUCAUAAUGACAGGGAAUUGUAUUGAAGUUGUGUAUGACCAUCUUAGUCUGUAUAAUCAGGUGAAGUAUUAUUAGAACAUAUUGAGAUGCCAUUAGGCAACACUGAACAGAUUUAGCUAUGUCAAUAAUCCAUCUAUGAUAUUACAGGUCCAAUGAUCAAUAACAAGUCUGUAUCUUGAAGAUAAGUCCUGAUCAAGUGUUGAUACAUAUUCCAUGUAUUUUAAUGGUACAUACUGGUGUAUUUUGAUGGCACUUUGUAUUCUAUGCUUUGUGCACGCAGACAUGCACAUGAACAUUACUGUAUAAAGAAAUGUGUUCGCCUUCAGGCAGAUGUUACAAUAUGAAUGCUCUGUUAUUAUACUUACUAUGUAUGAGUUUGUUAACUUAACAUUAUAAUAAGUAUAAGAUCAGACCUGUACAGGUCCACUGGGCCUGUUCCUAAUGAAACUACAAGGCGAGUCAAUAAACCAAAAAUACUCUUAAGGACAAUAGUUUGCUUGCUGUGGAAUAGCCAGCAUUAUGAACAGUAAUAUCUUACUACAUAUGUAUACAGUUAUGUAUUCAAAACAGUGAUUAAGUUUUGUGUAUUUCUUUGUUGGGAUUUUUAAGCCAAUCGUAUGAGGUUAAUUUUGUUAUGGUACAGCGUCUGUUGUCAAUUUGUUUUUGUAUUACAAGGCUUGUCCUCCAGAAUGGCUGAAAAGAUUUUUUUGUUGUAUGUAUGAAUGAAAUUAAUUUGGUCUUGAGCAUUAGAAAAAUGUGGGAAGGUAAAAUAGCAUUUUUUUUUUUAUUUCAGCCCACUCUAUUUUAUCACAGUAUCCAAUUUGUACUGCAAUUUGCAAUGAGGAAUUCAUACAUUCACAAUGAUUGUAAUAUUAACAACAUAUGGAAAAUGCCAUUAGAUCAAUGACAUAUUUGUGAAAUAUCAUUGGGAACAAGCGCUGAAACAAAAUUACUACUAAAGUAUGUAUGUGUACUGUAGGUGGAAUUAUAUGUACACAGUAAAGGACAUGUGAUGUUUUAGUUCACCUACUAGAAUUCCAGGCUAAUGAGCUUAUCCUGUGGUUCAGUGUUUUAUGUCCAGUUGGUAUCAACUUUAAACUUAUUCUUCUUAUUAAAUAUAAUGACAAAAGUCCAGAUAUUUUGCCAGAAGCGUGGCAGGAUGAAGGGCUAUGAAUUUUGCUCCGGUAAAUGACAUUGACCGAUUUUCAAGUUCACCAGAGUCAGAUGUGUAAAAGUAAUCUAAUGACCUGUGAAUCAUGAUAUUGGAUCAGCAGUAUUCUGAAGGGCUGUCAAAUUAUUGAAAGACUAACUUUUACCUACUUUGACCUUUCCAGGUCACAAAGGUUCAAUAUGUUGAAGUCUUAAGACAAUUUCUGAGUUACAAAAAAAACUGAUGGUUACUAUAUUCAGUCAGUUGCAUCCUGGCAUGAAGAGCAAUCUUAUUUCUUCAUGUAAAUGACCUUGAUUUACUUUUGAGAUCACAGGACUCAUUUAGCAUGAAAUAAUUACUUGAUUGGUGAAGUCAGUACAGAAUUACGAACAAUGAAAUAACGUGAUAUAUGGUCUUUUUUCUUCAAUCCUGUACCAACUCUCAGGACCAUAAAUCAGAAAAAAUACCUCUUAAUAUAUUUAUGCUUUGAAUGAUUCCAAGGAUAAAUAUUUUCUACUUAACAACAAAAUUUAAUUGUUUGCCUAGAAAGCUCAUUGUUAGAGCAACCAAAACAGCCAUGUACUUUGCCAUUGACUUUUCAACAAAAUAAUGCAGGAUAUAAUUUUGAAAAAUCAUUGUAAAUUUGAAAAGAAAUUUGAUGAUGUCCUUUUGUUUUGAAAAUAUUCAUUAAAGAUGAGAUUGAAUUACAAAAAUAAUGUAAAAAUGCAAAUGUUUUACAGAAGUACUCUGAUCAAGCAAUAUUUCUAAAUCCAGUCCAAAAUCUCAUAACCUGGAAUAGAAUUUUCCACUAUGUUUUACAUAGUGACAUUGCAACCUAUAAGUAUAUUUGACAUGUUUGAAGCCACAAAAUAACUUCCUCUUAUUUACCAAGAGACAAAAGGUCAUAAAUAAUGAUCAGUGCCAUUCUUUAUCAAAGGGACAUUGUUAGCACUUUCUUUCCUGCCUAUGAAGAUAUGCAAUGUAAA